CACUACUAUCCAGCACGGAAGGAACCGACUCGUUUUGCUCGACUCCGCGAGUCACCUCGUUCUAGCUCAGUAUUAUUACUGUUAUUAUUAAUAAUUAUUUUGUUCAUUUGUCUCACUUUACCGGAUUACGUUCGUCCUGACUAGUGGAUAGUUUACAUUCUGGAACGUAAAUUGUAAUACAAUACAAAAACGCAGAAUAUUUACCCGGAUCACGUUAUCGUUUACGGUGUUACAUCUUUUUUUUCCAAACUAAACCGAGGUAGCUACAUAUCUGGCGUUAGCACUUCCUGAAAGAAUAAAUAUAUACAAACAGACUCUACGGUUAGUAAAUCACAAUUUAGCAGCACGAAUCGUUUAAGCUUAUCGUUUUAGUUGAAAAGCUUAUACAUGCACGGGUUAUGUUUAGCUAGCAUUAGUUUAUUUGUUAAUUGACAUUGUUUGCUAGCAAACAGCUAGCGCGCUAACGGUUGUGCAUUAGCUGUUAUUGCUAACGUCUGCGAUACGAUUGGGCGCAAAAUAGAUUUUGUAGAUUCAUUUUCUUGGUUUGAAACGUUGUUUUAAAGAUUUGAACCGCUUUUGUGGAUCACUGAGACACACCAGACCUCAAACAGCACUCGUGUAGUGGUUGUCUCGCCCCCUACCUCACGCACAUACGGGAAAGACGACAAAUAGGCUGGCUUCCUUUCACAUCUCUCAACUGCCCUGAAAAGAUUCUUGGUCCUUUUUUUGUUCAACAUUUUCUCUGGUUAAAAGUGGAAUUGUGAAGUUUUUCUGGGUUUUUGACUGAUGGGACGAGAGGAUGUCGGAGGAAGGGGAAGCCCGCUCGGUGAACUCGCAGUUUGCUGUUUCUGUUCUCGACCAACUGAAAUUGUUCUACGAGGAAAAGUUACUAACUGACAUUACGUUGCUGGUGGAGGACCAUGAGUUCCACUGCCAUAAAAUCAUUCUGGCUACUUGCAGCUCUUAUUUCAGGGCAAUGUUUAUGAGUGGACUAAGUGAAAGCAAACAGUCGCAUGUCCACUUGAGGAAUGUGGAUCCCAUAACACUGCAAACCAUCAUUGCAUAUGCUUACACAGGAAACCUGGAAAUUACACACAGUACAGUGGAGCUACUGUAUGAAACAGCUUGUUUUUUACAGGUGGAUGGCGUCGUGCUUGCUUGCAGAGACUUUCUCCUUCGCUCGCUCUCUGUGGAGAACUGUGUGCGUAUUCUAAGUUUGGCUGAUGCUUUUGGCUGUGCUGAGCUGAAGCGCAGUGCCCAACGUGUGGUGGAAUUGAACUUUCGCCAUGUGUGUCGAGGCGAGGCCUUCUUGCAGCUCUCUCACACUCUGCUGUUGGAACUGCUGGGCAGUGAUGCACUGGAUGUAGAGCGUGAAGAGACUGUACGACAGGCAGCCGCAUUGUGGCUUGAGCAUGAUGCUGCACACCGAGAGCGUCACCUGUCUGCUGUUCUUAGCCUUGUGCGUGUUGAUGCCUUGGCUGAGAUCACGCAGCGCGCUUGGUUCCGUGGCUUGCCCCAAAAUCACAAGUCAAUUGUCAUACAGGGACUAUACAAAUCAAUGCCCAAGUUCUUCAAACCACGAUUGGGCAUGACAAAAGAGGAAAUGCUUAUUUUUGUGGACACAGAUUCACCAAGCGAUUAUAGCAAUCACGAUUUACAUCGCCCUCCUGGUGAAUUUAACAAUCUGCAUUUGCGCCACUCACCUAGCAAUAAUAAUGAUGAUGAUUUACCUUUACAUCACAUGCCUAGCAGUAAUGACGAUUCACAACGCUCGAUUACAUGCUACAGUCCACAAGCUGAGAAAGUAUACAAGCUAACUAGCCCUCCGGAUGACCUGCGUCGAUUUGGAAUCCUUGUCACACCUGAUAAUGAUGUGUUUGUUGCUGGAGGUGAACAGCCAUUGAAAAAUGGCAAAUGGAAGGCAGUCCAGAGUUUCUAUUGGUUGGAUGCACAACAGAACUCAUGGGUGGCAAAAGCAGCAAUGUUAAGUGCACGUACACGGCCUACACUUGUCUUUUGUCAGGGGUGUGUCUAUGCCAUUGGAGGAGGUGGCUAUGAUGACAUGGGUGGAAGCCAUGAUGUCACAAUGGAAUGUUACGAUCGCAGAAAAGAUGAAUGGAGGGUGACAAGCGCAAUGCCAACUCAUAGCUCGUUGACCCAAAACAACAUGGCUGCUGUAGCUGUUAACGACCACAUUUAUAUUGUUAUCCAUGAUGCCAUGUUUCUCUACUCGCCUCGUAAUGACGUCUGGACAGAAAUAAUGGCACAGAGAAGAAGAAGCUGUUUAGGUUCCGCUUCCUUUUUUUCAUGUGCCGCAACCGCUGCUGUUCUUGGUGACCUCAUUUUUUAUGUUAGCAGAGGAGGAGACAGUGCUAUGGAGAUUUAUGAUACAAGCAGGGAUGAAUGGCGCACAAUUGCUGCAGCGCCUGUUGCUGAUGGUGAUGGUGCAGCUGUAUCCGACGUGUGUGUGCAAGCUGUAGUUCUGCUAGAUACAUUGUGUGUGUUUGUUCGUGAACGUCAUGGAGGAUAUGCAGUAAUACGGUAUGAUACAACACGAGAGCGGUGGCUCCGCUCCCAGCCAAUUCCCCAUCGUGCCCUAGGACGCCUUGGCAAUCGCUUCCGCCUUGCUGUUGCCAAACUCUACCCGUCCUGCCUAACUGAGUUGCCGUGGAAACCACCAGCAUGCCCGUUCCCACCUGACUAUGAAGAGGAGUUUAGCACGGAUGGAGAAACCCUAGAGUUGCCAGAUUUAUAAAGAAACAGUGGCCAUUUUUAGAUCUGGAGAAAAAAAAUUAUUACAUCGGCUGAUCAUCUUCAGUCUGAACAGACACAUUGGUUGUUUCAAAAGAUUUGGAUGUUUACCUGUUAGUAAAGGUUAUCUUCAUAUCAGAGCCUUUGUUUUUUUGAGGUGUCUACCUGAAUGAGAUUAAAACCUUUAAAACUGUUAAUGAUGUCCUAAGUAAUCAGUGUGCAACUGUUUUAGUGAGCAUGUUCAAGGAGAAACGCCCACUGGCUGAGAAAUGUAAUGGACAACCGAGGUGGUUUAGCACAUAGUGAUCAGCAUUUCUUUCAAUUCUGAAUUGUUCUGCAUUACAAGGAACGAGUACUCCUGGCAUCCAUCUUUAAUUCAUUCUAUGAUGUUUAACUUAUUUGAGAGGUGAAGACAAAACAUCUAAGAUGGCCCACAAUGUGUAGCAUAAAACAUAUUUUGUUUAAUAGGUUUGCUGAGGGAUAAAAACUUCUUCAGGAGAGAGGGGGAAAAUUCCAAGGUAGCAAAUGGCUGGACUGUUACUGUGCAGCGAACAAUGUCCAUCUUGAAUCCACAAUGAGGUGAAAAGGUGCACCUAGACCUGAAACCUCUUUAAGAGGAAUACAGUGUUAAGUAAAUGGAGAUCACGCAGGCAUUUUAAAUUCAACUUUACUUUUGUUAACUUUACACAGGUCGAAGAAAUGUAUAAAUUUCAAUGAUUUUGAGACUUUACAGUGGAACCGGCUGUCCUCUGCAUCGGCCCAUCCCCCGCCUGUGAUGUCACCACUGACUGUGUGAUGAUGCAAUCAAUGGUGUAGAGCCGAGCUCAUCAUCGCUCCACAUGCUGAUUUCUACUGUUCGUUAAUGCAUUAUUACUAUUUCUAACGUCUCAUUGGUUAUGUUGAUGCACUUGCUUUUAAAUCUUCCGUAAUAUGGCUGCCGUGUACAGGUGUGUGUGUGUGUGUGUGUGUGUGUGUGUGUGUGUGUGUGUGUGUGUGUGUGUGUGUGUGUGUGUGUGUGUGUGUGUGUGUAGGGCAUUUUUUAAAUGAGCAGAGUGUGACUGCAGGUUCGGUCAUGUUUUUUUUGUUUGUUUGUUUGUUUGUUUGUUUUUUCCCUUCCUUUUUCUAAAUACAAGAUAAACCUGUCAGCUCUGAUUCUCAAUGUAUGUAUGCAUGGGUGUUUGAAUUUACUGGCCUGAGUGGCCUUACAUACUUCAUCUUAUGCUAUCGUAUUUCCAUCAAAUGCUCAUAAUGCAAAUUUAUGCAGUUAAACCAAAACAUUUUGGUGUGCAGGGGAUUUUAAGAGCUUAAAGUUUACAUUGAAUCAACCAAACACAAAGUUAACUGUGACAACACGACUAGCCUUUCUUUUCAUUUCUUUGGCUCAGUGUUAAAAUAACUGAUGUUAAUUUGUAGCAGUGAACGGUUUAUCAACCGUAGCUACAUACAUUACCUAGAUGCUGCACAUAGGUUGGACGCUGCCAACCUAGUUUUGCUUAGCUUGCAGCUUCCUCUCUAGAUCUGCUUCAACAGGAAUACACAAUGACAUGACCAGAUUUUCUGAUUACAGUAUAGUUGCUGAGUUGCUGUUCAGAGAGGUUGUUUGAAACCUAGGGUAAACGUGAUCAUCUCUCUGCAUGAAAGUAUGUAUACCAUGUUUAUUUACCAAAAGUACCAAGUUCUCCAGAAAUACACUGAAAACUGACUUGUGUGAUUUCAACAAAGCCACGUAACUUUAAGCAGCUAGCCAGUUUCUCUAACAUGCAAGCUCAAAGAUCAAAAUCCACUCUUCUUCCAGUCUCCUCCACAGUUCGGUGACUGUAGUGGGUUUCUUGUCCAUAACUUUGUCACCAAGGAUUUUUCAGAGGUUCUCUAUUGGGUUGAGAUCAGGACUCUGGGCAGGCCAUGUCGUUUUUCAGUUUCAAGGAACUGCUUUACCCGUUUUGCUAUGUGACAUGGAGCGUUGUCCUGCAUGAACACUGCAGGCUGAUUGGGUGAUGAACGCAGGGAAGGAACCAUAUGUUGAAGAAGGUUCUGAUAAACAUUUGCAUUCACUCUGCCAUGUAGCUGUAUAAGAGGCCCAACUCCUGCUGCAGAAAACAUGCCCCAAACCAUGACACUCCCUCCUCCACUUUUCACUGACUUCUUUACACACUUUGGGUUCAGUCUUUCUCCAGUAUGUCGCCGAACAUGAUGUUUCCCAUCGGACCCAAAUAAAUUAAACUUGCUUUCAUCACUGAAGUGAACUUUGGACCAGUUCUCCACUGUCCACACAACAUGUUCCUCAGCAAAGCUUAGUCUAGCCUUUUGAUUCUGCUAAUGAGAGGUUUGGUCACUGCAGAGUGGGCUUUCAAUUCAAAUGCUCUUAAACAUCGAGACACUGUAUGACUAGACAGAUCCUUACCCUGUUCAGCGCUGAACUGGUGAGCAAUUCCAGCUGCAGUGUGGAAACGAUUGCCCAUUGAGAUCCUCCGCAGUAUCCUGUCCUCUCUUGUAUUUGUCUUCCGUGGAUGACCAGCCUUCUUGGGGGACUUGAAUGAGUUUGAGAUGUUGUAAAGAUUCAAUAUUCUUGAAAUCACAGAUUUGGAACGACCGACUUGUCUUGCUAUGGCUGAUAGGGUCAUCCCUUUGGCCUUCAUCUGGACAACCUGCUGCCGGAGGCUUUCAGUCACUUUAGAACGGCCCACCAUCUUGCAGAGUCAGUGAAACUGGAAGUUAGGCUGCCAGUUAAAUAGGGGUUGACAGAUAAACAAGGAAAUUAGCACCAGGUGCCAGAUCAACACCAAUAACUGGGAGGUAUCUGAAAGUGUGUUUUCUGCAAAAUAAUGGUUUUUGCUGAAAUGCCUUAGUUAUUUUGUGGAAAAGGUGUUCUGGUAGCAUGGUAUAGGCAGGACAAAAACUCCAACUGUUGAGCAGUGAAGAUGACAUUUCAGAAUUGUUCAAUUGUUUAUAAAUUGUUCUCUAAUUUUGAUCUCCUGUGUAUGUGUGUGUAUAUAACAUUACAUUUGGCAUUUUGUGCCAGGCAGAAUGUCUAGCUGACAUACUGAAAAGCUAGCCGUGAUGUUACUUUAAUUUUAAUUUAAGCCUAGCCCCUCUUUUUUUUGGAUAAAUCUGGCCAAAUUGGGAUGUUAUGUGUUUAUAGAGUAAGUGUUAUAAAGUGUAACAACGUGGCAUGUGUUCUGAUUUGCUGAGAUACGUGUCUCAAACCAGUGAUAUAAAAGUGUAGUGUACACAAUAGUGAUACCACUGAAUCUCCUACAAUUCUAUCUAGUAUAGCUCCAUUGAUUAACUUUCAAGUGUUAAAGACAUUUCAUUGACGUUAACUCAACCUUCUUUGCUAGCUGAGACAUUUAAACAAAAAUCAAUCAUUAAUUUAAUUUAGCUGUGAAAAUUGUCCUUACUUCUACAUGGCCAAGCCAAGAACAAAACAAGAUCAUCAUAGUAACUUGUCUGUAACUAGCUGCAUGGCCAUCCUCAGUAAGCAAAGAACAGUGGAGAUUUGUGGCUGGUUAGCGGGAAAAUAGCUUUGUAAAUGGUGUUUCUCAUAGUGGCAAAUGUUUUGAACUAUGGUUUGAGACACAGCCCAUAUCAGUUCUCAGUGUGUCAGGAAAUCUUUUUUAAACACUAACCUAGCAAACAGAUUUUGUCACAUGAUUCGUUACCUUGCCAGUUUGGUGGUUUGGGACACUUCCCAGUUUGAGUCAUCAGACUAAAACGCUUUGUUUGCCACUCAUCGUUCUUCAAUUUGACAUUACCUAGUAUGAUGGCAUGUGGUUUGGGGUGCAGCACAUCUCCAUUACUAUUUGUCUUUAGUGUAAUAUGACACCUUGUUUGGGACAAAGACCAUGAAGCCUUUUCCAGAAUGUUCUACAGUGCAGCAAUUGAUGGAAAUGCAUUUCUGUAAGAUAACUGUUACCGGGUGUGUGUAUGAAAGCGUGUGUGUUUUCUGUUUUGGGGGGUUUGAUGGUUUUGUUGACAGAGCCUUUGCCACUAUAACAGAGGGAUUAUGGGUAAUGUGGGGUUUAAUUGGUUACUGAGUGUGAUGUAGAGUUCUGACAUACACUCAGCCUGUCCCUCAGCACUGUACUGCACACACACCUUUAAUUUAUUAUUAAACACUUCACCAACA